CUCCAGUGGCGUCGUCGGCUGCGCCGGAAGUUCCUAGCCGGGCCUGGCGGUAACCUUGGGGCCCUCACUGCAGCUGCCGCUGCUGUUGGAGUGGGCUUUGCGAGUCUGAACUUUGGCGGGGCUAGGCUAGUUAACUGCCGAGAGCCGCUGGGUUUGCGGUGGAGGACGCUGAGGCCCGUGGGGGGCAGGCACCCGGGCGCAGGGCCUCCCAGCCGACAUGUCUCUAGUGGCGGAAGCCUUCGUCUCCCAGAUUGCAGCUGCAGAACCUUGGCCUGAAAAUGCUACAUUAUAUCAGCAAUUGAAAGGGGAGCAAAUUUUACUUUCUGACAAUGCAGCUUCUCUUGCAGUGCAGGCCUUUUUGCAAAUGUGUAACUUGCCUAUCAAAGUAGUUUGUAGGGCAAAUGCAGAAUAUAUGUCUCCAUCUGGUAAAGUACCUUUUAUUCAUGUGGGAAAUCAAGUAGUAUCAGAACUUGGUCCAAUAGUCCAAUUUGUUAAAGCCAAGGGCCAUUCUCUUAGUGAUGGGCUGGAUGAAGUCCAAAAAGCAGAAAUGAAAGCUUACAUGGAAUUAGUCAACAAUAUGCUGUUGACUGCAGAGCUGUAUCUUCAGUGGUGUGAUGAAGCUACAGUAGGGGAGAUCACUCAUGCUAGGUAUGGAUCUCCUUACCCUUGGCCUCUGAAUCAUAUUUUGGCCUAUCAGAAACAGUGGGAAGUCAAACGUAAGAUGAAAGCUAUUGGAUGGGGAAAGAAGACUCUGGACCAGGUCUUAGAGGAUGUAGACCAGUGCUGUCAAGCUCUCUCUCAAAGACUGGGAACACAAUCGUAUUUCUUCAAUAAGCAGCCUACUGAACUUGAUGCACUGGUAUUUGGCCAUCUGUACACCAUUCUUACCACACAAUUGACAAAUGAUGAACUUUCUGAGAAGUCAUUCACUGAAUUUUACAUGUGGAAUAAACAGUGUCUUUUCUAAGGCAAGCAAUUUGUGUUACAUACUCCCAAGAUUCCCUUGCUAGAUACGUGGUGAAGCAGAUAAUGGGAAUAAAGGUUCUUAACAAGUGUGCACUUAGAAAAUAUGGAUGGUUUUAAGGUAAUUAAAUCUUGGUGCAGAUUUGACAUUUAAGAACAUUCUUUAUAUAGAGACUUAAUUAAAAAACAUUUCAUCAGAGCAGCUAUGAUUUACAUUUGAUAAAGGAAAUGGUUGAGGAACCUUAUUUUUUUGGGACAAGAACAUUUUAAUAAUGCUCUUUUAUU